AAUCUCUUCACCAUAAAUAUCAUCACCAUGCAUCUCCCUCUUCGAUCAUGAGUUCGCUUCGAAAUAUUGUAGUCCUGAUAUCCGGGUCAGGAACCAAUCUCCAGGCGUUGAUAGACGCACAAAACACGGAGUCUCUCCCACAAACUCGAAUCACACUAGUUCUUUCUAACCGGAAAGCCGCAUACGGUCUUACAAGAGCUCAACAAGCGAACCCUCCGAUACCAACAGCAUAUCUUGCUUUACAACCUUACCUGAAAACAAAUCCUGGAAAAACUCGGGAUGACUAUGAUGCAGUGGUGGCCAAGAUCGUGUUGAAGGAGAAACCAGAGCUUGUCGUGUUAGCAGGGUGGAUGCAUGUCUUUGGAGAUGGAUUUCUCGAUUUGAUGAACGGAGCUGAGCCACCUAUUCCUGUGAUCAACCUCCACCCUGCUUUACCAGGCGCGUUCGACGGUGCAAAUGCCAUCGAGCGAGCCUACGAGGCGGCACAGAAGGGGGAAGUAUCACAUUCGGGAGUGAUGGUGCAUAGAGUGGUUAAAGAGGUCGAUCGAGGAGAGCCGUUGAUUGUUGGAGAGGUGCCGAUCGAGAAAGACGAACCUUUUGAAACGUUUGCACAGAAGCUUCAUAGUGUGGAAUGGGAGAUUAUUGUGAAGGCGACGAAAAAAGCGCUAGAUGAAGUGAAGCCUAUACAGGUAUGAAAAACGAUGUACCGAAGACUUUGUAUUCACUAUUUCGGGCCAAUCUGAACUUCAUGUUGCGGCGACUAAAUGGGCACUCGACCAUGUAAUCAUAUGACGCUGGCCCGGUGUCCAUGACCCAGUAAUUCUAUUCACAGCAUAACCCUUUGCCGCCCCAAACCCUUUCCCAAUUGAACUUGAAGGAAGACUACUCGGGUAUUCGAGGCUUGAGCUUGAUGUCCCAUACCAUCAUCGUCGGGUCCUCUUCACGUCGCAUUCCAACACAAACACCUUCAAAUGGUAGUAUUGGCAACCAAG